CUGAGGACGGGCGGUGCUCGGCGGGGCAGAGCUGGGCCGGGCCCAAGGACGGGCGGUGCUCGAUGGGGCAGGGCUGGGCCAGGGGCUCCUUCCAGUGGCUGGCGCAGGUUCGGGGCAUGGAGGACCUGACCGGCGAUGGAGGCGUGUGCAAGGAGGAGCUGCGCCCCGGCACCGGGCAGACCAUGCCCCUGGCCGCCUCCGUGGCAGUGAAGUACUCUGGGUACCUGGAACACAGGGACGAGCCCUUCUGCACAAACUGCUACAGCAAGUCUCCUGGGCUGAUGAAACUUGGAAAAGAUGUUACACUGGGGGGCCUGGAAAUCGGCCUGCUGACAAUGAAGAAGGGAGAGGGGGCAAGAUUUGUCUUCACGCCAGAUUACGCCUAUGGGCGGCAGGGCUGUCCUCCUCUCAUUCCCCCGAAUGCCACAGUCAUGUUCGAGGUGGAGGUGCUGGACUUCUUGGACACAGAUGAAUCUGACGCGUUCUUUGAGUUGACUCCUGAGCAGCAGGAUACAUUUCCACUACAAAAGGUGUUGAACGUGGCAGACACGGAGAGACAGUUUGGCAACUACCUCUACCGUAAGCGGCGCUUCAAGGGUGCCAAAGACAGAUACAAAAGGGCGUUCUCCAUCCUCCAUCGCAGCCCUUCCAGUGAGGAAGAGCAGCAUCAGAUCAAUGCUUCCAAGUUGCUGGUGCUCCUGAAUCUCUCCCUUACUUACCUGAAGCUGGAAUGUCCUGCCCGAGCUCUGGCAUAUGGCGAGAAGGCCUUGGAGAUUGACCAAAGAAAUGCCAAAGCGCUGUUCAGGUGUGGCCAGGCUUGUCUCUGCAUGACAGAAUACGAAAAAUCCCGGGAUUUCCUGGUCAGAGCUCAGCACAUCCAGCCAUUUAAUCACGAUAUUAACAAUGAGCUGAAAAAGUUGGCAAGCUGCUACAAGGACUACAUCGAAAAGGAGAAAGAAAUGUGCUCCCGAAUGUUUGCCUCUCUCAAGGCUUCUGACUGACCAGAAAUAAAGGACCUUGCCAGCUGACGAAAAGAGCGAUUCUUGGACAGGAAGACCUACCUCUGUGGGCACACGUUGAUCUCUGCAUUGCAUCUAUGUUUUGGGAAAAGGAGCAAGAGCGCUGUCUUGUUUUGAGAGCAUGGAGUGGAGGUUCUGCGUUUUAUGCAAGGUCCAAUUUUCCUGAAGUUGGUUUUGUUUGCCAUGUUCUGAGGCUGUUUGCAGCAGAGCCCAGUCUUGCUGUAGGACAGAAGGAGGAGUGCUCUCUUCUCCUUUACACGUUCUUUGAAGAAAACUCCUGACAUCCUUGCAGGUUCUGGGCUGCUUUUAGGGAACCUGUAAAUGGGAGUAGGAUGCCAUGGAGUUUUGUAUUGUUUAUACAAGUUGUUCUUUGAAAAAUUGU